AGGGAGAAGAAUAUCGAAUACACAUGUGUUUUGGUUUAGGCUGGGAUCCGAAAACACCACCAGUUCCACAUCAACUUAUUUCAUUGGCUGCAAAAGCAGUUGAAGAUGCUCAAGCCCAUCUGGAUCAACUUCCUUCAAUGUCCCCAAAUACUUGUUUAGUCUGUUUCUAUCCAUUAUCCUGUGGUCGUAUUGGUCUUCAUCAGGAUCGCGAUGAGAGUGGAAGGGGAUCCCCUGUGGUUUCCAUCUUCAUUGGUGAGGCUGCAGAAUUUGUGUAUCGCCUUUGUGGAGACAACAAGUCACAAAGUGUUUUGAUGCAGUCUGGUGAUGUAUUGAUAUAUGGUGGUAGGUCCAGACAUAUUUAUCAUGGUGUGACACAGAUCAAACAAAACAUGCCUUUAUUGUUAUUACAAGAAACAGGGAUUAAAGCGGGUUGUCUAAACCUUACUUUAACGCAGUUUUGACCCUGCUCGUCUUUCAGGAGUGCUGUAUCCUCGGGGUCCUGUUCUGUAUUGUUGGAGUUUCAUAAUGUCAUAGUAUGAUAUUCCUAUGCCAUGUUUCGCAUGUUGGGUGGUGGUCACCUACGCCAUUCA